UACUGAAAUGGAGGCCAACUUAAGGGGUGUCGAUUGAUGUGACGAUGGCGCCACGAUUCCUGUCUCGCGGUCAGACGUUUCGGGCAGUAAUUGGUGACACCCUGGUGCUUCCAUGCGAAGUGGACGACUUAGGGACAUACGUGCUUCUGUGGCGGAGGGGAAGCUCCGUGCUGACGGCAUCCAAUCUCAUGGUGACCCGGGACCUUCGCUUCCGUCUGGUGGACGGAUACAAUCUGCAGAUAAACAACGUGAUGCCUCAGGACGCGGGUGACUACGUGUGUCAGAUCAGCGACGGCGACAACCGUGACCAGAUUCACACUGUCGAAAUACUCGUGCCACCAAGCAUCCGAAUGUCGCCCUCAAAUGGUCAGUUGAAGGCUCGCAAGGGAGGGUCUAUCACGCUAGAAUGCAAAGCGUCGGGAAAUCCCGUGCCUAGUAUCCACUGGACGCGCAAGGACAACCUGCUACCAACGGGAGAGAAGGCAAUAGAAGGGUUCUCCAUCACGCUGGAGAAGGUGGACAGGCACCAGGCGGGUGUGUACCAAUGCACUGCAGCUAACGGCGUCGGAGAGCCCGUCACAGUGGACAUGCAGCUGGACGUGCUCUAUCACAGAUCUCCUGAGGAAUAUGUAUCUGUUUAUAUCCAGGAGUAUGUGGAAAAAUAG